AUGUUGCUUACUAUAUAUUUAAAAAUAGAAAGUCUGGUACAAAAUAGAAAGCUAGAUAGAAAGCUAGGCAUAAAGCAAUUAGACAGUUACAUGGAUAGGAAGCUAGAUACAGAGCAAAUACAGAAUAGUGUAUAUGAUUUCAAAGUACAUGUACUUGGAGUCAAGCAACAAGACUUUUGCCUAUUAGCUAUUUGUAUCUUACUCAUUAUCUUUUUGGUAGUCUUUGUUUUCAUCUUUACUUACUUGAAACUAAACCUUUUUGAAAAAUUCCUGCUAUUCAUGGAGGACAUUAAACAUGUUGCACAAAUGAGCUUGAUUGUACAAUGCAAGGGCUGGAUUGCUAGUAGUCUACUCAUGUAG